AUGGUUUCGCUGGGAGCAGCUGCGCAAAGGCGAGCGGAGCUCAGUGGGAAGACAGUGGGAAUAGCCAUCUUCGCAUCAUUCGGUGGUAUUCUCUAUGGCUACCAGCAAGGCGUGCUGGGCCAAGCUCUCGUCAUGCCGUCCUUCAUUGAACAGUUCCCGGGAAUCCAUGCAUCGUCGUCCCAGACCGGAUGGCUCACUUCUAUCCUGCAGCUCGGAGGUUGGGCGGGAGCCCUCUCGUCUGGCGUGCUCUGCGAGGUCUUCAGUCGCAAACAUACCAUUUUCGUUGGCGCUCUCUGGUGCGUGCUCGGCAGCUAUCUUUGUGCGGGCGCCAUGACAUCGGACUACUUGUUUGCAGGCCGGUUCUUUACCGGCAUUGGGGUGGGCACUCUGAGUGCAGUUGGUCCCCUGUAUAACGCCGAGCUUGCUCCCCCUGAAGUUCGAGGAUUCCUAGUCGCCAUGCAACAGCUAUGCAUCACUAUUGGCAUAUUUCUCGCAUACUGGAUCGCGUAUGGCACGAAUAAUAGCGGCGGUACCGGUGAAGGGCAGUCACCCAUGGCUUGGCGCGUGCCUUUGAUUAUUCAAGGCGUACCGGCUGUUAUUCUCUGCGUUGGAGUAUGGUUCCUACCAUUUAGCCCUAGACUUCUGAUGAACAAAGGACGCGAAGACGAAGCGCUGGCAACUCUUUCACGUUUGCGUGCCUUACCCCGGGACCACGAGCUCGUCCAAGUAGAACUCCACGAAAUCAAGGCAGAGGUAGAAUUCGAGCGCCAGGCCUUUGCAAAGCGGUUCCCGAACAUCCAACGGAAUAGUGUUUGGCGUAACGAAUUAGCACAAUAUACAAACAUCUUCCAGACCAAGGACUCUUCCAAACGGGUAGCUAUUGGAGGAUUGGUGAUGUUUUUCCAGCAGUGGUCAGGCAUUGACUCUAUCAUCUACUACGCGCCUGUCGUGUUCCAAUCGCUUGGACUUGGUGAGGGCACCAUAAGCUUGCUCGCCACCGGAAUCGUUGGAGUCAUCAACGUCGCCGUCACUAUACCUGCUAUUAUGAUCAUCGAUAAAGUAGGCAGGAAGCCACUGCUGUUGUUUGGCAGUACCGGGAUGUUCAUCAGCCAGGUCGUCGUGGGCGUCAUAGUCGCGACGUGCUCUAACGAUUGGGCCGCCCAUCGAGCAGCUGGUUGGGGAGCGGUCGCAUUGAUCUGGUUCUACAUUGCCAACUUUGCUUACUCCUGGGGUCCCGCGAGCUGGACCUUGAUUGCAGAGAUUUUCCCGUUAUCCAUCCGAGCCAAAGGCUCUUCGAUCGCCGCCAGCUCAAAUUGGAUGAAUAACUUCAUCAUAGCGUUCAUUACACCGCCUAUGCUCUCCGGCAUAACUUGGGGCACGUACAUCUUUUUCGCCGCAUGGCUCCUCUUAGGAUUUCUGUUCAUCCUCUUUGCCGUACCAGAGACAAAAGGCAAGACUUUGGAAGAGAUGGACGCUGCGUUUGGAGGACACGCCAGCGAGGAAGAUAUCGAACUCUUGGCAAAGGUGCAGCGAGAGACGGGGCUAACGGCGCUUUUGCAAGGCCGCACGAAUGUAGAUAAUCCGGAAAAGGGGCCUUUGGAAGCGGCACUCCACGUUGACGCUUGA